AUGGACGGCAACGUGGAAGAGGUCGUUGACCAACAGCCACACGCGGAAUGUCAUGGCGACAAAGACUCUAACAUUACUAAAGAGGUUCCUCCAAAUAAUGAAGCCCCCUCCCCUCAGGUUUCAAACGAGACCGAUGAUACAGAUAACACAGCAAGCGACUCAGACAACGAGCUUCCAUGUGCGACAACUGUGACUACCUCAUCUGAAGAUGCAGAUGAAAGAAAGACCGACUUGGAAUCUACUGCUUGCCCUGAACGGGAUGGCCAACAAGUAGCUGAUAUCUCUUCGGUAGCGGAUGAUGAAUCAUCUUCACAAGCACCGGCCACAGAGAGCACACACAGUGACGAAAAAAGUCAGGAUGCCAGUGAGACACCUGCUGCUAGAGCCGAAUCAGAGUCAACAACUCCUACGACCAGUGAUGGAGAUGAGGCAAAAGACGCCAAACCAACAGAGAGCAAAUCUCAAGAUGUCGUUGAUGGGGAAGAUGAAGACCAGACCAAGCCCAGCAACAACGAAGAUGAGACCAAGCCCAGCAACAACGAAGAUGAGACCAAACCCAGCAUCGGUGAAGAUGAGAUUAAGCCCGUCAACGAGGAGGCCAACAAUUUGCCACCUCUUGAAGAAGCAGAUCAAAACGAACCUCAAAAGGACAACGAAUAUGAAAACCAAUCUUAUUCUUACCCUAAACCCAAACGAGAGGUUGAUCCUGCCACCAUAUUCUUACCGAGAUCGCCAUAUUUCAACCCCUUUGAUAACAACGCACCUCUACGCCGUGGAUCCAUUGAUGGCAUUCCUCCUCUAGAUGAUACACCAGCAAAUGACGAACCCCCUGUGGAGUCAUUUGCGAAAAGAGACUGGAUGCGUCAGAAGGAGAAGCUGGGCGAGAAGAACGAAAUCCUCGAUGAGGUGAUGGAAAUGGUGGGACUUGAGUCACCAAAGAUGGCUUUCUUAGAGGUCAAAGCCAUGAUUGAUGCGUCGCAAAGUCGACAGGGGAAGUUGAGACGACAAGAUCUCAACCUCGUUCUAGUGGGAAACCCGGGAACCGAAAAAUCAGGUCACACGCUCUGCCAGAAAGAACACAUAGGGGAUCUCAGAGAUGCUCUCACAGGGGUACUAUAUAUCAGCGAUGUGGAGUUUGCAGAUAGAUACUCACGGGCAUUGCUAAUGGAGAUAUUGAAGGGCAUCUCUGAAAAGGUUGUCGUUGUCCUUUCAGGAUCUUCCAACCGCAUCCCAGAAGUUCUAGGAAGCUCUCCAGCAGCUAGAUGGCUAUUUCCGCGCCAAAUACACUUUGAAGACUACAGUGACGAUGAGCUUCGACGAAUUUUUGUUCAAAUGGUUGCACAAAACUCGUUCAAGAUAGAGCAAGGGUCCCUGGGACCAUUUCCGCGCAUACUGGCUCAGCGCGUUGGCCGUAGCCGCGAGGAACAUGGAUUCGGAAACGUACACGAGCUUCGUCUGGCUUAUGGAAAGAUACUGGAGCGACAAUCGACCCGCAUUCGAAAGAGGAUGUCGGAAAUUGAAGACUCAUGGACUGAGACGUUGCCGGAUGAACACUUGUUAACGGGACAAGACAUCAUCGGACCCGAGCCUGAGGACAUCCGAACAAAGAGCGAGGCAUGGAAAGAACUUCAAAAGAUGGCUGGCCUGGAAGACAUCAAGUCAGCCGUCGACCAGCUCCUCAGUAGGUCAAAGAUCAACUAUCAAAGGGAGAUUAACGGCAUGAAGCUGCUCAAGACGUCUCUCAACCGGAUUUUCAUUGGACCUCCUGGCACGGGAAAAACCACCGUGGCCAAGCUCUACGGCCAAAUCCUGGCUGACAUUGGUUUGGUCUCCAGCCGAAAAGUCAUCUACAAGACGCCGGGCGACUUCAUCGGCCAGUAUAUCGGCGAAUCGGAAACCAAGACCAGCGCAAUUCUUGAUGCGACCAAAGGCAAGAUCUUGAUCAUAGACGAUGCGCACAUGUUUUACCAAGGCAAUGAACUUGGAUCCGGCGAAACAGACGAGUUUCGGCUGGGUUGCAUUGAUAUUCUCGUCUCCAAGAUCCAUAACAAACCAGGGGAAGACCGUUGCGUGAUCCUCGUUGGAUACCCGGAUAGGAUGGAAGACAUGCUCCAAAAGUGCAACCCAGGGUUACGACGGCGGUUCCCGCUUGAGGAAGCCUUCCGAUUUGAUAACUAUGAUGACAAUCGUCUCCAAGAGAUUCUCGACAUCAAGAUGGAGGAGGACGGAAUCAGAGCCUCGCCUGAGGCCAUGAAGGUCGCAUCAGAAUUACUGCGGCGGGCAAGAGAUAGGCCAAACUUUGGCAACGGCGGUGAUGUCGUCAACUUUCUAAACCAGGCCAAGGCCAGACACAGGGAGAGAAUGUCGAAGAUCACCGAUGUCGAGAAAAUGGACAUUGUGCUUCAGCCCGAAGACUUUGAUCCCAAAUAUGACAGAGGUGCCACAGCUGCUGGAAAGUGUCGUGCGCUCUUUGAUGGACUUAUUGGAUUUGAAGACACUAUCCAGCGCUUCCAAACAUAUCAGCGCAUAGCUGAGAACCUGAGACGCAACAACAAGGAUCCUCGUGGCAUCAUCCCGUUCACAUACAUCUUCAAGGGUCCUCCAGGCACCGGAAAAACGCACACUGCUCGCAUCAUUGGCCAAAUCUUCUAUGACAUGGGGUUCCUCUCUACUAAUGAGGUGAUUGAGUGCUCUGCAACACAUCUCAUUGGAAAGUAUGUCGGACAUACCGGACCCAAGGUGGUUGAGCUGUUUGAGCGGGCGUUGGGAAAAGUCUUGUUCAUCGACGAGGCAUACCGCCUAGCAUCUGGCGGCCAUGACAGCUUUUCGAAUGAAGCAGUUGGAGAAAUCGUCGAUUGUAUGACCAAGACACGCUAUCAUCGAAAAAUGGUCAUUGUCAUGGCCGGAUAUACCCACGAUAUGGACCUUCUCAUGAAGGCCAAUGCCGGGCUCCGGGGACGAUUUGCUACGGAGAUAAUGUUCACUCCCAUGGACUCCGAGUCUGCUUUGAAGCACCUUUGCAAUCUGCUAGCCAAACAGGAUAUCCAGCUUCUGGAAGCCGAAGACGGCUCCAACGUUCAAGAAACUGGAAUAAUGAUGAACUUAUUCGAGAUGCUGGCCAAGACAAAAGGCUGGUCGAACGGGCGAGAUAUGCAGACGCUUGCCGGUGUGGUGACGGAAUAUGUGUAUGGAAAUAUUGAUGGUUUUGAGCAGUGGCAAGGCAGAGGGUUGUGCAUUACGAGAAAGGAUUUGAUCAGAUUGAUGAGGGAUAUGCUUCAGCAACGAAUGAAAGGGGGAAUGAACGAAGUAGUACUAAAGGAAGUGGACUAA